AUGACGAGUGAUCAAGUGAAGCAAUCAAAUCAAAAGCGAAGAAUUACUAAGGCUGAUGAUACGAGUAAGAGAAGAAGAAGGAAGAGAUGCUGCCGCGAAACCAGUAUGAAGAUGAUACGAUCGCCACCGGUAAUGUUUCCGUUGCAGAGACUUUAUAUGUCUUGUUUAGAUGUUUUCAAAGGCGUUGGCACCGUUCCCUCGCCUUCCGACGACCAGAAGCUCCGCCGUAUUCUCGAUGGUAUGAUACCAGAAGACUUUGGAUUGCCAAGAAAUUUGCAAUUUUUUGAUCCCGAUAACAGCGUAGUAGUAUACACCUCCAUUUACCAGUGCCAUAACUUCUCGUUAUAUAUUUUAUUUUUGCCGGAAAAUGCAGUCAUACCUCUCCAUAAUCAUCCAGGAAUGACGGUUUUUAGCAAGCUUUUGGUUGGCAAAGUGCACAUUAAAGCAUACGAUUUAAUUAAUCCUCCAUCUUUAUCUCAAAAAAAAUUGGCAUGCUUGAAAUUAGAUAACGUGUUUACAGCUCCAUGCAACACGUGUGUAUUAUACCCAACAUCAGGAGGCAACAUACAUGCCUUCACAGCCAUCUCACCAUGCAUGAUUCUGGAUGUGGUCGGACCUCCAUACUCAAAAAAAGAUGGUCGAGACUGCUCAUACUAUAAAGAAAUCCCGUAUAUUGUAUCACCAUGUGAAGAAAUGACGAUUCCAAAAGAAGAUGGCAAGUGCUACCAAUGGUUAGAGGAGAUCGAGAUGCCUAAAGAGUCGGAAAUGGAUAGAAUCGAGUAUCUUGGUCCUCAGAUCAUUGAGGUUACUGCAUAG